AAAAAACACUUUUGUACUUUCAAGAUGGCUGCUACCAUUGUAUUUACAGUUUGUGUCAUCACUGCGAGAUCGAAUUGAAGAUAGAUCCAGUAGCCUACAAUAACUUAUUGUUAAACCCAAAGAGUAAAUUAGAUAAAUAAUAUCAGUCUUUUCAACAAUUUUCUUACCGUGAUGGCUGCUGAAGCGAAUAUUAGUUCUCGAAAAAGUAACAAAUCGAGGAGAGAAACAGCGGUUCAAGGCACAAAUGACAGCAGUAUUGUCAGCAAAUGCUCAACAGCUGCUUGUGGGUAUUAUAAGGACCCUUUCUUGCAUCACUUUGUGUCAAAGAUCAGCAGACGAGCUCCAUUAAUUCACAGGGGAUACUAUAUUAGAGCUGUAGCCUUUGACAGGAUUAUGAAAAAUUUCCUAACUCAGCACAGAGGAUUUAAAAAACAGAUCAUCUCUCUUGGUUGUGGAUUUGAUUCUUCAUAUUUCCGAUUGAAAACUGCUGAUCUGCUUGAGAAUACAGAUUUUUAUGAGAUUGAUUUUCCUGAUCUGGUGAGACGCAAGCGCCUCCUCAUUGAAAACACAGAGGCUUUGAACAGCUUGAUUGAGAAAGUUGAAGGAAAGCCAUUGUCUCCCCAUUUAGAGUUAAGCUGUGUGGGCUAUCAUCUUCUUGGGAUUGAUUUGACUCAACUGAACACAUUGGAAGCUGCAUUAAAGAUGUGUGGCCUUAACUUCGAACAUCCAACUUUUCUCUUCUCUGAGUGUGUGAUGACCUACAUGACUCGUAGAUGCUCAACAGAACUGGUGAAGUGGGCUGCGGAGACAUUUGAAAAUGCAGUUUUUGCAAUGUAUGAGCAAAUCAACCCAGAUGAUGCUUUUGGCCUUUUUAUGCAAAAUCACUUUCAUUCCAUUGGUUCUCCACUGAAGUGUAUCAACUCUUUUCCAUCUUUGGAUGCACAAGUCAAGCGUUUUCAUAAUACAGGCUGGGCUUGGUGUGAAGCUCUUGAUAUGAACACGUUUUAUUAUCAGUGCAUUCCUUCUGAGGAACAGCAGCGGAUUGAGAGUCUGGAGGCUUUUGAUGAAUACGAAGAACUCAACUUAAAGUAUUCCCAUUAUUUCAUUCUGACAGCAUCUACCAGCAAACAGAGUACCAGUCUUAUUUCAGAGGAUGUGACUGUGCAAUAUCCGAGCUUUUCACAACCAAUCAGCGAUGCUUUCACCUUGACACUAGCCCCGUCAGAGCAUCAAUCUGUGCGAAGGUUUGGUCAUUCUACGGCGCUGGUGAAUGGACGUUAUGCUAUCACCACUGGAGGAUUUGGAGAAAUAGACGGACGGCACCAGAGGUUGGCAGAAAUCACCAUCACUGAUGUAGACACUUUGAUGUCCUAUCAUGUCCUUACUUCAUCACCCGAUGUCCAGUAUUCCCGUAUGCAUCAUGUAUCUGCGUCGCUCAGAGAUGGCACAGUGUAUCUUGUUGGAGGACGACAAUCUCCAUAUUUUAUGUGCAGUCAGAUUUUGAAACUUCGCCUACACAUCAGCUGUGAUCAGCCAAAUAUCUCUUGUGGCGAGAGCCAGAACUUUGAGAGAGCUCCACAAGAAAGUGAAGAGAGAGAAAUUCAUUCAAGGAAUGGACUGCAGAAUAUGAACUCUGAGGAAAGUCAUGUGGCUGAGAGCAAACAUUGUUCAAAAAGUGAAGAAAAUUAUUCUGAAAAGCCUCACGCAGACAGCUGUGCAACUGUUGCAGAUAGUGCCAUUGAUCUUUCCAAAGACAUCUGUGAUUUGAAGAUUUGUGAUUCAAACGUUAGCGCAGAGAUCAAUUCUAGACUGGGUGGCAGUGUGGGGGAUGGUGGUCCGGGUGCCUCCAAUAUUUCCAGUCAGUUUCGUCAGUGCUGGGACUUUGACCUCGGUCAGCUGGAGGUUGAUGUUGUUUCUCAGACUGGUGACCUUCCCCAGGAGAGAUGGCGACAUGGUCUUGUGACUGUUGACUCUCAUGGUAAGGAGAAAUUAUUUUUGUAUGGAGGCAAGACAAAAAGUGGAGGAGUUCUGGACGACUGCUUUCUCUUUGAUCCUGAUUCUGCUGAGUGGCACAAGCUGUCAUGCGGUGGGGAACUCCCGGGCCCUCGGCACUCCCACUGCCUCAGCUUCUGGUGUGGUCAAGUCGUUCUGACCGGAGGCCUGGACGCCAGCCACACACCGGUCGGGGCGGUGCAUGUUCUGGACCUGACCACUAUGACCUGGCGGACGAUGGAUCUUCAGGGCAGCCUGUAUCCAAGAUAUUCCCACACUGCUCAUGUGUCUGGGGAUAACAUGAUCCUUGUGGGUGGAGUUAACCUACAUCACCCGCCUCCCGGAGUCGGUGUGCUCUGUCUCAAGACAAGAGUUGCUCAAGAAUUUUCUCUUCCAAAACAGAAGAAAGACAGCCUGCUUAUGUUCCACCGCCACAGCUCACUUCAAACGAAUCCUGAUCAAGUGAUAGUGUUCGGUGGUGGGGGCAACUGCUUUUCCUUCGGUACACACCUGAACAGAACUCCUGUUAUGCUAGAUAUUUCACAGUGUCUUUCCCUCAAGGAAUAGAGUCAUGGACAAGCUAAAGCAAUGGUUCAAGCUUCUAAAAUUCCAGCUGUCAGAACCAGGGGUCAUGUACUCGAAAAGUACAUGAAAUCAGAUUAAGAAGUAGUGUGUCAGCAGUGGGUCUCAUUAGCUUAAAGGUAAAGUUCUCUCUUGUUGUGUCAAAAUGCCCGUUCCGAAACAGGGUUAUAACGGGGGGUUUUCCCUGUUCCAGAGUCGUGAUCUUUGGGCAAGUAAGAUAGCACAUCAAUCAGACCUAUGGCGCAAUAGUUGUCAUCAUUCUGACAUCAUGGGCCAAUCACACCUGCUCCAACUUAACUUAAAUGAUGUACACAAAUCGCAUUGGGCUAAUUAAUUACCUGUCAACUAUAUGCUUCCAAACUUAGCACUCAGUCAUUUCCAUUUUUACUGCAACAACCAACUGAGUGCUUUUACCCUUCUCCCGUUUUUCUACAAAGUUCACUUUGUUUGUUAUAUCAGGUAUACACCUCACCCAGCAAUGAAUGAUAUGGAAGAAGGAUGAUAUUUUGUCAGGAACGGAAGGUGCUUUCGGUGCAAGUGUGCUUACUGCAGGGUGCUGUUGUGUAUCUGGGUUUGCGUAUACGUGAGCUGUGUUCGAGGGUAUUUAAGUGUACACUUGUUUCUUUCUGUUUGCUUGUGUGUUGUGUACAUGUGUAGCUGUAUGUGUAGUCCAUGUGCAUGUGUAACUGUAUUUGUCUGUGUGUGUGUGUGUGUAUGUGUGUGGGAUUAGAGGGUUGGGAGCCACGUCUAUGGUCUAUCAACAACUUUGAAAAAACCAGUCGUUUUGGAAAUAGUUUUCAAAUAAUAAAAUUUCACCUUCGAGUAUUUCAGGCAGUUGUUAAGCAUUUUUUUUUCACUGUGCCACAGUCUUCUUGCGUUUAUUUGUUGCUAUUAUCAGCACAUUUCUUAUUUCUGCCAUUAUUUUUUUAGCAAAUGAGACGGACUAGGCAACUUGUUUGCCUUGUCCAUAAAAUGUCAGUUACUCUUGGGCGCACUUAAAGAUGGAUAUUCUAUAUUUCUGUUUCUUCAUACUAGCUUCUGGGUUCAUCAUCAUCAUGAACUGUGAAAUGAAACAAUCAUGGUUUGCCACCUAUUUCUGUGCUUGGAUGCACUUUUAAGAAAAACCUUUAUAUUGUCUUAGUCUUUCUCCCUCUCCCAUCUGUUCAAGUUCUCUAGCAAGUUGUUCUGGAUCUACUCUAGUGCUUUUGCCUGCAAUUUUUCCAAUGAAAACAAAAUGUUCAUGGCAUUUAUGUGUAUAUCGGUGUCCCAGAAACUACAUUUGUGUGCCUGCCGGUCAAUAUCAGUGAUGUGAAAGAAAUUUAAAAACUGAAUUAACAUUACUA